AUGGGGAGACCGCUGUCCUCGAUAUUGCCGGCCUCGCUGCGAGCAGCAUGGCCGUUCGUGCUGCCAUGGAUCCUGCCGGCGUGGUUUUUCCUGAUGAUGACGGGAAUCGUAGAGGCAUGCAAACGAGGAACCGUUUCCGAGACGCUACUAUUUGCUGUCGCACCCAUCACCAUCUGGGUGCUGCUGGGCAGAACGCUCACACGCACCAUUAUCGCAUCGCGGCCCUUCUUCCCUUGUGUCAUCUCCUCCAUCAACCUCCUCGCCUAUGGCACCUUCCUGUUCCUCCUCCGCUACCGCAUCUCAGCGUUUCUCAAUGCGUUGGUGCAUGCCUGUGUUGCCGUCGUCUUCCCGCUCUACUUCCUCACCUACCACACGGAUCCGGGUUUCAUACCCAAGGGCGAACCCCCACCGGGUUAUGGGGUGCAGAUUUCCAGCAGUGAGGGGCAGUGCGGGGAGGAGGCGAGAGGAGGAGUGCAAGGCAGAGGGUGCGGGAUGGCAGACAGUGGAAGUGUGAGAGGGGAAGGAGAUGAGGGGGCUGGGCAGCAGCAGCGGGGGAAGCAGGAGGAUUUGCAGAAAAUGAGGCAGGAUUUGGGGCAGGGGCAGGGGCAGGGGCAGGGGCAGGGGCAGGGGCAGGGGCAGGGGCAGGGGCAGGGAAGUGCGGAGGAGUGGCAAAGUUGGUACAGGCAAGUGAGUGAGUGGGAAGAGUGGCAGCAGAGGCAGCGAGAAGAACAGCAGCAGCAGCAGCCACAGCAGCAGCAGCAAGGAGGGUUGGUUGCACGAGGGAAUGAGGGUGGAGCAGCGCCUUCAGAUGACGAUGGCAUUGGCUGUGUGACGUUGGCAGUGGACAAGCAGCCUGGAGCAGGCAGCAACAGCCGUGUGAUGGUCCAGCAUCAAGGACCCGAUGACACGAGGGUCGAACUGGGAGACGUGCACAUGCAGCCGCUGCUGCAAGGAGCAGCAGUCGUCGCAGCAGCAGCAGCAGCAGCAGCAGCAGCAGCAGCAGCAGCAGCAGCAGCAGCAGCAGCUGCAGCAGUUUCAGCAGCAGCAGCAGCAGCAGCAGCGUGGUGGUGGUCGUGGUUCUGGCAACCCAGCAACUACUGCCACGAGUGCCAUGUGAGCAACUACUGCCACGAGUGCCAUGUGAGCGACUACUGCCACGAGUGCCAUCUGUGGCGGUGGGCGCGGUCGCGGCACUGCUGGAAGUGCCAUCGCUGUGUGGACCGAUACGACCACCACUGCCCCGCUACAGGCACCUGCGUGGGUCGGCGCAACCACCGGCUGUUCCUCCUCCUCAUCCUCGUGUUUAUGGCUGGUGAACUCACCUUCGCAGCCUGCUGCCGUGCCUUCCUAGCCUCACACCAUCUCCUUGAGCUGCGCUCCACCCAGCCACUCAUCUUCUCCAACCUGGGUGCUCUAAGAAGCAUCGAGAUGUUCUACCACAUUGGCCUACAGGCACUACUGAAGCACCCAUGGGUGGUGCUACUCAUGCUCUUCUCCUACCUCCAACCCCUCUGGCAGCUCUAUGCAUUUCACCCCCUUUCCCUUUUCUCCCUGUGCAUGGCACUGCCUGCUGCUCCCAAUGCUCCCACCAGGCCCGAUGGAGGAAGGUUCCUUACAUGCACUAUGAAGGACCGCCCAUCUUGCCAUCAGGGGAGCAGACAACGCAUUUUCACAACCCAUACGACCGUGGCUUCAUGA